AAUGCUCGGCCCCGCCGGUAAGCGUGGACGGUCACCUAACACCCGAGACACGCUGAAGCGGAAAAAAUAACGCGCAAGCGCGCGCGUCACGCGCCCACGCGCGCGCGCCAGCCAGCGCGUUACCCGAGCACGAGCGCUCAGGCGCGCGCAAAUGAUCAAUCAUUUGCUCGAGAUUGACAGAUCAAGCAAAGAUGAUCAAGGCGCGAGGGCCGAGAUGGGUAUGCAGAGUGGCUCGCUCGCUCUCGGCAAGGCGCGGCUGCGCCUCUUUCGGCUGUUCGGCGAACGCGCUGGUGCUCCCACAAACAGAUGCUGACCACGGCCUUGACACGAGGUACGCCACGAUCGCGACUCACAUGAGGAUUGGGGUUGCCGUUGGGGAUAGCGCCUGGAAAGUAAGGACUGCUUGCGCCAGGCGAGCCUGCACCGUGAUGACCCCCGAGCGGAGGUCCACCAUACGGAGCGGAAAACAUGCCCGGGGCACCUGGGGCGCCGAAACCUUGUUGAAAGUGGUGUUGCGUCUGAGCGCCAGGCUGGCCUCCGAUGCCGCCUGUGGGCGUGCUGCUGCCGCUGUGAUGGGCGCUGCUCGCUCCGUUCGGCGCGCCGUAAGAACCGCCCAGAGGUGCAGAGUAGCCGUAGCCACCAGGCUGUUGGCCUGGUUGGCCGUAGUAACCAGUCGGCGAGUACAUGGUGGCUGGAUGCGUCGAGUGGAUGCGAGUGGACCGCAGUCGAGGUUGGCGAGUGGAGGCAGAUGUGGUGUCAAAACACAAGGUCGAAAUGGUGAGAAGGAGGAGGACGGCGACGGUUCCCUAUGUCUGUAUGAUAUGAGAGCAGAAACGCUUGUGCCCCCCGGGCGCGACUGGGAAGAGAAGUGGAAGAUUGGUGCUGGUGAGGGGAAGAGCGUUCGGGAAAGGGCGUUCGUGGAAAGGCGUUCGGAUCUUGGAUGGGAUUGGGAGCUCUGCCCUUUGAGGCGCCGAACAGCCAGAAUAGCCGGUCGAAUCGGUGCUUCGACAAGACUACCAAACACUCUCGGGCGCGGAUGGAUGGGAUGGAUGAGAGGGAGGCGGGCAGGAGAACAGUCGAACAGCUCACCAGACAGCAGCAGUGGAUGCGGAUGCGUGCGGAUGCAGAGCCAAAGACGGGCAUGCGCUGGCCUGCAUGAGGAGGCACGUCCGCACUGCUGGCGCGCCUGAUGCUGCUCUUGCAUGCGUCUGUGUGUAUCGUGAAACGGCCGCCACACUUGCCUCUGAGCUCUUCGCUGGCUAUAUGCAG